UUUAUAUACGUAUAGAAUAAUCGGAGCGGCCGUGAAAAUAAUAGAUUGUUUUCGAUAAUUCAAAAGUUGUUUUGUUCAGCGCAUGUAUGACGAAGAGAAUGCCUAUUACAGUGUAUCUGUGUUUAAUACAUUUGACAGUUAUUUUCUUCAUUGAAGACGUCUACGCAAUAUAUUGCGGGGAAAUCGAGCCAAUACAAUAUGGUGACAUAAUUGCUUCUGCAAGACCGCCCUAUCAAGUUGGAACAACUCUUACCUUUGAAUGUGAUAGAGGGUUCAAAGGUCAAGGAAAAGGGAGCAUAACCUGUAUGAAGGAUGGAAGAUGGUCUGGCCCAGUUCCCUAUUGUACAGCAUACCAAUGUAGGAGGGAUCUAACAAAAAUUGAAGAAGGUAGGAAAUGCCGGAAGCCUUGCGAUACUGAUGCCGAUUGUCGAGGUACUUUCAAGAAAUGCCGAUGUGAUGACUGGUGCGGUAAAACUUGUUUCAACCCAGAUGCAGACUGUUCGACUCUGAAAGAUCCUGUAAACGGCUACAUAAUAGGAAAGGAAAUAGCAUAUGGUUACACAGUAACAUUUGGUUGUAAUGAAGGAUUUAUUCUUACUGGACCAGCCACACGUAGAUGCAGAUCUGAUAGAAAAUGGUCGGGAUAUGAACCUAAGUGUGUAGCGUUUAGCACUUGUGGACAGCCGGGUGACAAAGAGGACACACCGUUUUCUGGAAAAGUAAUAGAAGGCACAGACGCAAAAGAAGGUGCCUGGCCUUGGCAAGCGGUUGUUUUUCACAACGACGAGCAUUCUGUCGAUCAGAUUUACAAUAGAAAAUCUGCGUUUGGUGGUGGGUCAAUCAUUGAUGACAAAUGGAUAUUAUCUGCUGCGCAUGUCUUCGGCGUAUUUCCUGCAAACUCUGAUUGGAAAAAACGAUUUCUCAUAGCCGUAGGUAUGACCACCUACCCGGAGCCGGGUGAGGCAAUUCCUGAUCACGUUAAUAUAUUUGAACCGGGGGAAUUGUAUCGUCAUCCCAAAUACAAUUCCAUAAGCUUUGAUUAUGAUGUUGCAUUGAUUCGUAUAGGAAAACGUUUGAUACGAAAGGAAGGCAAAUUUGUGACAGACUCAAGUGCUGAUCACGAUAAGUUAACAUUUUCUCGUUUUAUUCGACCUGUAUGUCUUCCAUGCAUGAAAGGCGACCCACUAGGUCCUAUUGAUAUCUGGAAAAACUUCGAUAACGAAGCCUGCAACCCAAGAAGUCGAUCCAUUCUUCCAUCUUUAAUAUCCGCCGGUAACUUUGUCAUGGUUACCGGAUUUGGAUGGAAACGUAACGCUGGGGAACAAUAUUCGUUCAGACCAAAAAAACUUCAAGAAGGACUUUUGAAAAUAAUUGAAGAUGCAAAAUGCAUUGCAAGUGUAAAGACAAUUCAGAAGGAUGUUCGAGAUGCCAGAUACACCGACAGAAUGAUUUGUGCAGCAAGUGCGGAUAGCUCACAAAAUGUUGAUUCAUGUCAAGGUGACAGCGGUGGGCCACUCGUAAAGCAGUUUGAUCAUACUGAACAUACAAAAUAUUGGAUGCAAGUUGGAAUAGUAAGUUGGGGUUGGGGAUGUGGAAGCAAACAUCCAGGAUAUUAUACCGGCGUCAAAGAAGUAAUGUCCUGGGUCUGGAAUGUGAUUGAUGACACCAGAAUAGGAACUUGGUACAAUUGGGCUCCAUGGUCUCGAUGCUCUAAAACUUGUGGCCGAGGAAAAAUGAGAAGAGAAAGAACGUGCGCCGAAAAGAAUUGUCCCGGUUCAAACCGAGAUAAAAAGUAUUGCAACACUAACUCUUGUCCUACAGGUGUACAAUGCCCGAAUGUUCAAUCUCUACCAAACGUGAGAAUGGCUUUGAAUCCUCCUGAUUUGCAAUUUUCGGUUGGUACGAAAGUCACAUUUUCGUGUUUAGAAGGGAUGUUUUUGAAAAGCGGACCCUUGUCCAUUACUUGUCUUCCUGAUGGAAAAUGGUCGGACACACAACUUCCGGUUUGUGAAGUUGAAUGGACAGGAUGGUCAACGUGGUCACCCUGUACGGCAACGUGUGGUGGGGCAAGGUACAAGACAAGAGUUUGUCGGCGAGGCAACGAUUUUUUAACCAAAGCAUUUGGCUGCAAAGGACCUACUAUUCUGUACUCAAAAAAGACAUGCAAUGCUGAAGCAUGCCCAACAGGAACGUCGGGAUGCCAAGAUGGUGAUUUAUGUCUUCAAGGGGACAUCAACGUAAACACGAAAAAUAUUUUGCCACAUGUUUCCAACUUGUUCGGAAUGUUCGGCGGAAGAAAAAAAUGAAUUUUUUUAUUAAUAAAAGUUGAAAAUAUUCAUUUCUGAUAAACACAGGUUUUACAUCAUCAAAUUUUUUUUCCAAAUGUUGUUAUGAUAUCGCAGUACACUUCAUCAUGACAACAGCAUUUUCAUCGAUAAAAACGUCUACGCAAGCUCACCAAAUUUACCGUACUGUUAACUAUCCGAUAAAAAUAUUGAUGGUACGAGCAAAACUUUUAUUGCCUCGGGCUUAUUCAGCAAAGGUUGUUCAACAAUUUAAACAGUCAAAUUUAAUACAAUAAUUUUGUAGGUCGCACUUUCUGAACUUGUCUACAACCAAUUCCUUAUAUAUUUGAAAUGUACGUAUUAUGGCGGUAAAAACAUUAAUCAGUAACUUCAGCUAAAAUCUUCUUACUUGACUUGACCUAGAACUUCUAAUCUAAAUAAAAAUUAUACUUCAAGGGAAAGGGAAAUAUGAACAAGGAAGCAGCAACCCACAAAUACGAAAACACAAAGUAGACUAUACCGCACCUCCACGCCGUUACAUGUAUGAAACAUUAAAAUAUGAAAUAAGUAUAACGCGA